AAACUGUCCACUUAGGAAGCAACACUGACAAUACAUUUCACAUGCUGUUGUGCAAAUGGAAUAGACAAAAGGUGGAAAUUAUAGGCAAUUAGCAAUGCACAUUUGUGGCCUGCUGGGGGUCAUUUUGCAGGGCUCUGGCAGUGCUCCUCCUUGCACAAAGGCGGAGGUAGCGGUCCUGCUGCUGGGUUGUUGCCCUCCUACGGCCUCCUCCUCGUCUCCUGAUGUACUGGCCUGUCUCCUGGUAGCGCCUCCAUGCUCUGGACACUAUGCUGACAGACACAGCAAACCUUCUUGCCACAGCUCGCAUUGAUGUGCCAUCCUGGAUGAGCUGCACUACCUGAGCCACUUGUGUGGAUUGUAGACUCCGUCUCAUGCUACCACUAGAGUGAAAGCACCGCCAGCAUUCAAAAGUGACCAAAACAUCAGCAAGGAAGCAUAGGAACUGAGAAGUGGUCUGUGGUCACCACCUGCAGAAGCACUCCUUUAUUGGGGGUGUCUUGCUAAUUGCCUAUAAUUUCCACCUUUUGUCUAUUUCAUUUGCACAACAGCAUGUGAAAUGUAUUGUCAAUCAGUGUUGCUUCCUAAGUGGACAGUUUGAUUUCACAGAAGUGUGAUUGACUUGGAGUUACAUUGUGUUGUUUAAGUGUUCCCUUUAUUUUUUUGAGCAGUGUAGAUUUUUUCUGUAAAGUGGGUAACAUAAUACUAUCAUCCUAAAUUGAAAAUGUUGAUUUAUUUGUACAUAUUAGAUUAUUUUAUAUUAUAAACUAUCACUCAAAUACAGUGCCUUCUGAUAGUAUUCAGACCUCUUGACUUUUUCCACAUUUUGUUAUGUUACAGCCUUAUUCUAAAAAUGGAUUACAUUGUUUUUUUCCUUAUAUAAUUUCCACACAAUGCCCCAAUAGACAAAGCAAAGCCUGGUUUUUAGACUUUUGCUAAUUUUCUUUUUUAAGCGGAAAUAUCACAUUUACAUAAGUACUCAGUACUUUUGUUGAAGCAGCUUUCGCAGCGAUUAAAGCAUCCAGGCUUGGGUGUGAUGCUACAAGCUUAGCACACCUGUAUUUGGGGAGUUUCUCCCAUUCUUCUCUGCAGAAAGGCAAUUCCUUCGACCUCAUGGCUUGGUUUUUGCUCUGAAAUGCAUUGCCAACUGUGGGACCUUAUAUAGACAGGUGUGCGCCUUUCCAAAUCAUGUCCAAUCAAUUGAAUUUACCACAGGUGGACUCCAAUCAGGUUGUAAAAACAUCUCAAGGAUGAUCAAUGGAAACACGAUGCAUCUGAGCUCAAUUCUGAGUCUCAUAGCAGAAGGUCUGAAGAGUUAUGUAAAUAAGAUAUUUCUGUUUGCAAAAAUGUCUAAAAACCUGUUUUUGCUUUGUUAUUAUGGGGUGUAGAUUGCUGAUUUUUUUAUUUUAUUUAAUCCAUUUUAGAAUAAGGCUGUAACGUAAUAAAAUGUGGAAAAAGUCAAUAGGUCUGAAUACUUUCCGAAGGCACUGUACUUUCCCAACCCUUGUCGGUUUUGAUAUCUCAUGUCAAAUUAAACAAGUUAAAUACCAAAGCAAUUUAUUUGUUUCCUCACCCCAUUUCGGGCAGCCUUCCAGAAUCUCCAUCUGACAUUCUAGAAUUUAGAUGACUGUCUUCAACUAAUUCUCUUCUAACCAGUGAUGUAAAAGUUAUUCUCAGAUUCCGUGUGGCUUUUGAGUAGUGCUAGUUUGAUUUCAAGGUGAUAUUGAUAGAAGUGAUGAACAAAAACGUGUAGCGUUACACUUAUCGUGAUGUGGACCCACUUGAAUCAUAAUGCAACACAUUGAAAUGCAUCCUGCCUGUCUUCUGCAGGUUGUCCUCUAACCAGUGAUGAAAGAAAUAUCUCCAGUUUCCAUGUGGCUAGGGAGGUGACUGAGAACCCAAUGACCACUCUGACAGAACUACAGAAUUCCUUUGCUGGGAUGGGAGAACCUGACAAAAGGACAACAGUCUCUACAGCACCUCAACCAAUCUGGGCUUUAUGGGAGAAUGGCCAGAUUGGCUUCCAUCUUCAGGAGUGGCUUCACUCCUGUGAAAAAUGAAAAAGUCACAUGACAGCAGGCCUGGAGUUUGCAAAAAGGCACUUGAAAGACUCAGAGCAUAAUUCAAAAUAUUCUGUGGUCUGAUGAGACAAAAAUGUAACUCUUCAGCCUGAAUGCAAAGCGCUAUGUCUGGAGAAAACCAGGCAUAGCUCAUCACCCAUCUAACACCAUCCAUUCCUUGAUGCAUGGUGGUGGCAGCAUCAUGCUAUGGGGAUGCUUUUCAGUAGCAGGGACUGGAAAACUGGUAAGGAUAGAGGGACAAUGAAUGGAGCCAAAUACAGGCAAAUCCUUGAUGAGAACUUACUUCAGAGUGCAAACGACCUUAGGCUGGGGCGGAGAUUUACGCUCCAACAGGACAAUGACCCAAGCAUACAGCGAAAACAAUGCUGGAAUGGCUUCAGAACAAGAAUGUAAAAGUCCUUGAGUAGCCCAGCCAAAGCCCAGACUUGAAUACCAUUGAAAAUCAGUGGAAAGACUUGAAGAUUGCUGUUCACGCUGUGCCCCAUCUAACUUAACAGAGCUUGAGAAGAUAUGCAAGGAAGAAAGGGAGAAAAUCCCCAAAUCCAGAUGUGCAAAGCUGAUCCAGACAUACCCAAGACGACUCAAAGCUGAUACAGACAUACACAAGACGACUCAAAGCUGAUCCAGACAUACCCAAGACGACUCAAAGCUGAUCCAGACAUACCCAAGAUGACUCAAAGCUGAUCCAAAUAUACCCAAGACGACUCAAAGCUGAUACAGACAUACCCAAGGUGACUCAAAGCUGUAACCACCACCAAAGGUGCUUCUACAAAGCAUUGACUCUGGGGUUUGAAUACUUAUGUAAAUUUGACAUUUCCGUAUUUAAUUUUCAAUAAAUUAGCUAAAAUUGCUAAAAACAUGUUUUCACUUUGUCAUGAUGGGUUAUUGUGUGUAGAUGGGUGAGACAAACAUAUAUUUAAUCCAUUUUUAAUUCCGUCUGUAAGACAACUAAAUAAGUCAAGGGGUGUGAAUACUUUCUGAAGGCACUGUAUAAGUGUAGAAUAGAUAGUGGAUUUUCCCCUGCCUGUAAUUCUAAAUCGAUACUCGAUUGCUUUGGCCUGUGUGACUGAACGCAACAACGGCAGUCAAGGCGGAAGUUGCUACCCUGCUAAAUAUGGAUGCUGAAAGAGUCGUGCAGGUACUAGCCUUUACGCAAGAUAUCCUCCGAAAUACAUCAGCCACAGGACAGCUUUGUUUGGACGUCGUAAUGGACCAUUAGCCUUAACUGGAUAUAGCUAGCUAGCUACCUCAUUUUCCACGUGGAAAAAUACUUUAGCAAGCUAUCUGGGAUUUUCUACAAGGAAUCUGGUUGUCCUCUAACCAGUGAUGAAAGAAAUAUCUCCAGUUUCCAUGUGGCUAGGGAGGUGACUGAGAACCCAAUGACCACUCUGACAGAACUACAGAAUUCCUUUGCUGGGAUGGGAGAACCUGACAAAAGGACAACAGUCUCUACAGCACCUCAACCAAUCUGGGCUUUAUGGGAGAAUGGCCAGAUUGGCUUCCAUCUUCAGGAGUGGCUUCACUCCUGUGAAAAAUGAAAAAGUCACAUGACAGCAGGCCUGGAGUUUGCAAAAAGGCACUUGAAAGACUCAGAGCAUAAUUCAAAAUAUUCUGUGGUCUGAUGAGACAAAAAUGUAACUCUUCAGCCUGAAUGCAAAGCGCUAUGUCUGGAGAAAACCAGGCAUAGCUCAUCACCCAUCUAACACCAUCCAUUCCUUGAUGCAUGGUGGUGGCAGCAUCAUGCUAUGGGGAUGCUUUUCAGUAGCAGGGACUGGAAAACUGGUAAGGAUAGAGGGACAAUGAAUGGAGCCAAAUACAGGCAAAUCCUUGAUGAGAACUUACUUCAGAGUGCAAACGACCUUAGGCUGGGGCGGAGAUUUACGCUCCAACAGGACAAUGACCCAAGCAUACAGCGAAAACAAUGCUGGAAUGGCUUCAGAACAAGAAUGUAAAAGUCCUUGAGUAGCCCAGCCAAAGCCCAGACUUGAAUACCAUUGAAAAUCAGUGGAAAGACUUGAAGAUUGCUGUUCACGCUGUGCCCCAUCUAACUUAACAGAGCUUGAGAAGAUAUGCAAGGAAGAAAGGGAGAAAAUCCCCAAAUCCAGAUGUGCAAAGCUGAUCCAGACAUACCCAAGACGACUCAAAGCUGAUACAGACAUACACAAGACGACUCAAAGCUGAUCCAGACAUACCCAAGACGACUCAAAGCUGAUCCAGACAUACCCAAGACGACUCAAAGCUGAUCCAGACAUACCCAAGAUGACUCAAAGCUGAUCCAAAUAUACCCAAGACGACUCAAAGCUGAUACAGACAUACCCAAGGUGACUCAAAGCUGUAACCACCACCAAAGGUGCUUCUACAAAGCAUUGACUCUGGGGUUUGAAUACUUAUGUAAAUUUGACAUUUCCGUAUUUAAUUUUCAAUAAAUUAGCUAAAAUUGCUAAAAACAUGUUUUCACUUUGUCAUGAUGGGUUAUUGUGUGUAGAUGGGUGAGACAAACAUAUAUUUAAUCCAUUUUUAAUUCCGUCUGUAAGACAACUAAAUAAGUCAAGGGGUGUGAAUACUUUCUGAAGGCACUGUAUAAGUGUAGAAUAGAUAGUGGAUUUUCCCCUGCCUGUAAUUCUAAAUCGAUACUCGAUUGCUUUGGCCUGUGUGACUGAACGCAACAACGGCAGUCAAGGCGGAAGUUGCUACCCUGCUAAAUAUGGAUGCUGAAAGAGUCGUGCAGGUACUAGCCUUUACGCAAGAUAUCCUCCGAAAUACAUCAGCCACAGGACAGCUUUGUUUGGACGUCGUAAUGGACCAUUAGCCUUAACUGGAUAUAGCUAGCUAGCUACCUAAUUUUCCACGUGGAAAAAUACUUUAGCAAGCUAUCUGGGAUUUUCUACAAGGAAUCUGGUUGUCCUCUAACCAGUGAUGAAAGAAAUAUCUCCAGUUUCCAUGUGGCUAGGGAGGUGACUGAGAACCCAAUGACCAGGACCGCUACCUCCGCCUUUGUGCAAGGAGGUGCACUGCCAGAGCCCUGCAAAAUGACCUCCAGCAGGCCACAAAUGUGCAUGAGGUCAGAGACCUGCAUCCGACCGCAAUGCACUACAGAGGUUAGUGCGUAUGGCACAGCACAUCCAGGACCUCUGUACCAGGCUGUAUCAGAGGAAGGUCUUAAAUUAAAGACUCCAGCCACCUAAAUCAUAGACUUUUCUCUGCUGCCGCGCGGUACCGGAGCGCCAAGUCUAGGUCCAAAAGGCUCCUUAACAGCUUCUACUUCUACUUGUGUUCGUCCUCCUUUACAACAUUUUUUUAUUUUCUUCUUCUGGAGAAGGUGUCUCAAGAUGAACAUUUUCACGAUUUCACUAAUAUCAUCAAAGUCAAUAAAUCGUCGCAGUUUUUUUUUUACCUGAUUAAGUAGAAUCCUGUUGAAAACAAUAAGUUGAUAUUCAUACUGUUGCUGCUUCCUGUAAUUAUAGCAAAGUGUCAAAACACCGGUUUUAAAUGUCCAAAUUCAUCGUCAAUAUGCUGAAAUGACUUGUGAUAUGUUGAAGACCAAGACAUUAAAAAUGACUCCCUACAAACACGUGUCACUCUUGUGCUCAGAUUACUUGUAUUUUAGUUACGACACAAUUUAACAAAAUACAAGUAUCUUAACUACUCCCUGAACUACUCUCACUCUCUGUGAAACUGGAAACACUUAUCUCCCUCACUAGCUUUAAGCACCAGCUGUCAGAGCAGCUCACAGAUCACUGCACCUGUACAUAGCCCAUCUAUAAUUUAGCCCAAACAACUACCUCUUUCCCUACUGUAUUUAUUUAUUUAUUUUGCUCCUUUGCACCCCAUUAUUUCUAUCUCUACAUUCUUCCACUGCAAAUCUACCAUUCCAGUGUUUUACUUGCUAUAUUGUAUUUACUUCGCCACCAUGGCCUUUUUUUGCCUUUUACCUCCCUUAUCUCACCUCAUUUGCUCACAUUGUAUAUAGACUUAUUUUUUUCUACUGUAUUAUUGACUGUAUGUUUGUUUUACUCCAUGUGUAACUCUGUGUUGUUGUAUGUGUCGAACUGCUUUGGUUAUCUUGCCAGGUCGCAAUUGUAAAUGAGAACUUGCUCUCAACUUGCCUACCUGGUUAAAUAAAGGUGAAAUAAAUAAAUAAAACUCACGCACCAACAUUUACCAAGCGGUCACUCCAGACUGAAAUGUAUUAGCUUUUUCUAAUGUUAACUAUAGUGCGCACAAAUUAAUCACUCACAUCAAUAUUGUAUUGAAAUCAAUGAAACUGGGACAAUCGCUGUGGCAGCACCUACCAUUUGCUCUCUUCUAAAAGACAAACCAACACAUUCCUGGGUAUACUACAUAUAUACCUGUUGAUAGAUGAGAACCUCAUACCCAGCCUUAUUGUGUUGUGAUGUAUCAUUCUUCUAUUACAGGUGUAUGGACUUCCUGCUGUCUUCUUCUUCUACAGGUCAUCUAAAGUGUAUGGACUUCCUACUGUCUUCUUCUACUACAGGUCAUCUAAAGUGUAUGGACUUCCUGCUGUCUUCUUCUACUACUACAGGUCAUCUAAAGUGUAUGGACUUCCUGCUGUCUUCUUCUAAAGGUCAUCUAAAGUGUAUGGACUUCCUGCUGUCUUCUUCUAAAGGUCAACUAAAGUGUAUGGACAUACUGCUGUCUUGCCAUUGACUGUAUUGUCAGUGUUCCCACCAGCAGGACAACAUGAGUGGAGAGAAAGAAACAUUGUUGGAAGAAAUCAAACAGAGUUUACACCCUCUAACGGAGGAUCAUUUGCGAUACCUGUGUGAACGCUGUGGAAUAGAUGGCUCCCAAGUUACAGGAAAGAACCAUUGCUCGUUGCGACGUAAAAUCAUGGAGGAAAUGUGGGUAAAUGCAGAUUCGGUCAAAUCGGAGGAGCAGGGAAUGUCUUGGUUACUCCGACUGAAAGAUGACAUCAGAAAGAUACAGGAAGAAUCUAGUGUGGGACCCAUGAGUGUCAGCCAGUCUGAUGAUGAAGAAACGGGGGACAACCCUAACGGUCGCUCGCUCAGUGGGAGGGUCUUAUCAUCUGGGAAGUCUCCAGGGUUGAAAGGGAUCCAGCGACCUUACAGCUGUGAUGUAUGUGAGAAGAGUUUCACUCAAUCAGGAAACCUACGAAGACACCAAACAGUACACACAGGAGAGAAACCUUACAGUUGUGAUCAUUGUGGGAAAAUCUUUUCUAGUUCAGGAGCCCUGACUAUUCACAAGCGUCUACACACUGGAGAGAAACCUUACAGCUGUGAUCAGUGUGGGAAAAGCUUUUCUAGUUCAGGAGCCCUGAUUAUUCACAAGCGUCUACACACUGGAGAGAAACCUUACAGCUGUGAUCAAUGUGGGAGGAGCUGCAAAGAUGCCACAGCCCUGAAUGAACACAUGCGUACACACACAGGAGAGAAACCUUUUAGCUGCGAUGUUUGUGGAAUUCGUUUUUCUCGACAAAGCAACCUGAAAGUACACAUGCGCAGACACACAGGAGAGAGGCCUUACAGCUGUGAUCAAUGUGGGAAGAGCUUCACUCGGUCAACGGACCUGACCAAACACAGACGCGUUCACACCAGCGAGAAACCAUACAGCUGUGACCAGUGUGGGAAGAACUUCACUCGGUCAGGAAACCUGGCGAGUCAUCAGAAAACCCACACAGUCAGAGAGAAAAACGAGGCCGGCGGCGGGAGAAGUCAGGCAGGUGGAGAGGGAACCCACACAGGAAAGAUACAGGAAGCAUCUACUGUGGUACCCGUGAGGCCCAGCCAGUCUGAUGAAGAUGCAGGUAAGAAGAAUGGGGACAACCCUAACGGUCGCUCGCUCAGUGGGAGGGUCUUAUCAUCUGGGAAGUCUCCAGGGUUGAAAGGGAUCCAGCGACCUUAUAGCUGUGAUGUAUGUGAGAAAAGUUUCCCACGUUUAGGAGACCUUAAGAGACACCAGAGAAUACACACAGGAGAGAAACCAUAUGGCUGUGAUCAAUGUGGGAAGAGUUUCUGUACAUCAGGACAACGGAUUAUACACAAGCGAACACACACCGGAGAGAAACCUUAUCGCUGUGAUCAAUGUGGGAAGAGUUUUGCUCGAACUGAUUACCUGACCGAACACAAGCGAACACACACUGGAGAGAAGCCUCAUAGCUGUGAUAAAUGUGGAAAGGGCUUCACUCGGCCUAACUGCUUGGCUGCACACAAGCUAACACACACAGGAGAGAAGCCCUACCUCUGCUCAGACUGUGGGAAGAGCUUCUAUACACCAGCAAAGUUGAAAGAGCACGAGCGUUCACACACAGAAGAGAACCCUUACGGGUGUGGUCUGUGUGGGAAGAUCUUUGCUUGUUCGGAUUCCCUGACUAAACACAAGCGUGUACACACUGGAGAGAAACCUUACAGCUGUGAUCAGUGUGGGGAGAGCUUUGCUCGUUUGGGAGCCCUGACUAUUCACAAGCGUCUACAAACUGGAGAGAAACCUUACAGCUGUGCUCAAUGUGGGAAGAGCUGCAAAGAUGCCACGGCCCUGAAUGAACACAUGCGUACACACACAGGAGAGAAACCUUUCCCCUGCUAUGUCUGUGGAAUGAGUUUUUCUCGACGAAGCACCCUGAAAGUACACAUGCGCAGACACACAGGUGAGAAGCCUUACAGCUGUGAUCAAUGUGGGAAGAGAUAUGCUCAUCCAGGUGAUUUGAAAAUACACAUUAGAGUACACACCGGAGAGAAACCAUACAGCUGUGACCAGUGUGGGAAGAGCUUCACUCAGUCAACAAACCUGACUAAGCACAGACGUGUUCACUCUGUAGAGAAACCCUAAAGCUGUGAUCUAUGUUGUAUGAACUUUACUCAGUCAACAAACCUGACUAAGCACAGACGUGUUCACUCUGGAGAGAAACCAUACAGCUGUGAUUUAUGUUGUAUGAACUUAGCUUAUUUGUAUCUUAUUUCAUGGGCUCAUUGUCAAUUAAAUCAUGUAGAAUAUUUUAUCAUUGUUAUAGUAAGAGUUCAUGUUUUUAAUUCUAUUUAAUUCAAAUUGAAUCCAUAUGUGAAUACAUACCACUUUAUUUUACUUUUAAUAAAAUUAAAUACAAAGAUCCUUUAUAAA